AUGCAUAUCAAAUGUUUUUCCAAUUGUGAAUACCAACGUAGAUGCAAAUUCAAACGCCUAUGCCACAGCUGGCGUAUUACAAACGCAAAUGUAAAUACGCUCGCCAACGCUGAUGCAAAUGUGAAUGCAAACGCAAAUGCAAAUGUAAAUACAGAAAUAUAUGCAAACGUAAAUGUAAAUAAAAACGCAAAUGUUAAACACAAAUCUAAAUGCAAACGUAAACGCAAUGCAAACGUCAAUGUGUUUGAAAGUAAAAACGCUAAUGCAAAUGAAAAUGUAAACGCGAGGAAAUACGCAGAAGUGAAUGAAAACGCUUAUGCAAAUGUAAAUGCAAACGCAUAUGCAAAUGCAAAUGCUGAUAUAAGUGCAACUGCAAAUGUAAAUAGUACCGCAAAUGCGAAUAUAAACGCCAAAGAUGUGGGUGAAAUGCAAAUGUAA